AUGAAAGAAGAACUUGAAGCUUUGGAGGCCAACAACACUUGGAAAUUGGUUCCUUUACCACCCACCAAAGUUGCCAUAGGAUGCAGAUGGAUUUACAAAGCCAAACUAAAAGCUGAUGGCAGUUUAGAAAAGUACAAAGCAAGGUUAGUAGCCAAGGGAUACACACAGCAAGCAGGAAUCGAUUUUAAAGAUACCUUUAGCCCUGUAGCUAAAGUCACCACUGUACGAGUUCUGCUAGGCAUUGCAGCAGUGCGUAAAUGGCAUUUAAUCCAAUUGGACAUCAAUAAUGCAUUUCUCAACGGGGAUUUGGAUGAAGAGGUAUAUAUGGAAGUUCCAAUGGGGCAUCCCGAACGCAAGAAAGGCCUUGUAUGUAGGCUUACAAAGUCACUUUAUAGGCUCCGACAGGCUUCGAGACAAUGGUUUCACAAAUUCUGCUCAACUCUUAAGCAAAAUGGUUUCACUCAAUGUAAGAGUGACUACUCCUUGUUCUCAACAGGUUCUGGUGAUUCUAAAACCUUCCUAUUAGUAUACGUAGACGACAUCAUAAUUGCGGGAGCUAACCUUGAUAUGAUGAUGAAAGUACAAUUAAAGCUGCAAUCCAUUUUUAAACUCAAAAUAUUGGGGGACUUGAAAUUCUUUCUAGGCUUGGAACUCGCCAAAUCUUCUCAAGGAAUUUCACUCACACAGCGCAAGUAUACACUCUCUUUACUCGACGACACCAACCUCUUAGACUACAAGCCGGUAACAGUUCCUAUGGAUGCCAAUCUCAAAUUAAGAGCUAAAGAAGGUGACCUGAUCCCUGAUGCUUCUGCUUAUAGAAGGCUCAUUGGUCGCCUCAUGUAUCUCACUAUCUCCCGGCCAGACAUCACCUUUGCUGUCACUAAACUGACCCAAUUCAUGUCUGAUCCGCGGAUGCCUCAUUUACAAGCUGCUCACCAAGUAUUAAGGUACCUUAAGAAUGCACCAGGCCAAGGGAUUCUGUUUUCAGCUGCUUCCCAACUUAACUUGUCCAUAUAUUCUGAUGCUGAUUGGGGUAGUUGUCUCGACACAAGGCGAUCAACUACAGGCUACUGUGCCUUUCUCGGUGACUCUCUCAUUACUUGGAAGAGCAAGAAGCAGACAGUAGUUUCUAGGAGUUCCACCGAAGCCGAAUAUAGGUCCAUGGCGCAUGCUAGCUGUGAGGUUGUUUGGUUAAUUGGCUUACUUCAGUUUUUUUUUAGUCCAAGUCGAUUCGGCCAGGUUAUUUUGCGACAACAUCUCUGCUCUUCAAUUGGCAUCGAACCCCACCUUUCAUAA